UUCUUCACGCACACUCUCUCUCACACACACACAACUGCUGACCUCUCUCUCUCUCUAAAAAUCUCUCUCACUCUCACUCUCUCUCUAGAUUUCUUGAGCGUACGUCCGCUGUCCUCUGCUCCAUCAUCGCAACGCCACUCACACCUCUCCACCCUCCAAAAACCCUAGAAUUUGGCUGCUUUCUAGCCUUUCAAAGAAUUUCGAAAUCUAUACCCAUAUUCAUUCAUACAACCCAUUAUCCAUAUAUAUAUAUAUAUAUAAUGGGGAAGAGAAAGCGAAUCUGUGACCAGAACAAGACUCCUCCUCCUCCUGAAACCAUGCCAUAUUCCUCUAUAAUGGAUUUGUCUAAAGAGCAGAAAUCUUCUCAUUCAGUUGAUAGUGGUACACUAAAGUCUCUCUCAUCUAUCAUGGAUUGUGCUGGAAAGCUACCAAACACCCACCAUUCACAUCAAAAUCUUGGUCGUGCACUAUUGUUGAGGCACCCGCGGCAUUACUACGGUCGUCAAUACUCUCGGCGAAACUCAAUCAAUAAUGCUGAUGCAUCAUCUUCUCGUGGCAAGGGUACUCUGCACAAUGAGAAACUCUCCUUCAAGUUUGCAAGUCAAUGCAAUUCGGAUUCUGGACGGCACAUAGAAAAUAAGGAGAGAGCAUUUUGCCGACCAGAGAAAAUUAGGCCGAGCUCCUUGGCUGUGGGUGCAGCAUCUCCUGAUGCAUUGAAGAUGGUAUGUGCAAUAUGUGAGAAGUUUCUGAAAAGGAAGCCUUUUAUUCUAGGUAACACGAUCUCUUCUGGUGAUCUCUCGGUUGUGGCGGUUUUGGUUUGUGGGCAUGUUUAUCAUGCUGAUUGUCUGGAACAGAGAACAUGCCAUGAAGAUCGACGUGAUCCACCCUGCCCAUCAUGUGCGGGUCUGCUCUCGUAGCUUGACGCUUCGAGAGGGCACAAGUGAGUGUACAACUCUUUACUUUGUAGCUAGAAGCCUAGAAGAUAAAUAAGAUGAAUAGUCUAGCAAAAACAGGAUAUAUUAUGAUGGAAAUUUAGGAUAUAUAUAUAUUGAACACUGCUUUGCAGGCUAGGAACUUGUCUUUGCAUUUUGUUGCUAGUUCUUCAAAUGUUGUGUUGUUUUAUAUAGCUUUUACAAGUCAUUUCCCAAAUAUUUUGCUGUAAUGAUCAGAAGUGCUAAAUUGUGUUUUUUACACAGACAUGGUAUAUUUUUACACAAACAUGCGUGGGACUUUUAUCUUUUCA